UCCAGCUUCCAGCAUCAUCAGUCUUCACCACCAUCACUUCUCUUCAGACUUAACGUAGACGAAACUGGACCCCACUGUCACCGCCCUGUUUGAAUUCAACAUCUGUCGUCAGUAUGUCUGACAAGAGUGAGCUGAAGGCUGAACUGGAGAGGAAGAAGCAACGGAUCGCCCAGAUUCGAGAGGAAAAGAAGAGAAAAGAAGAAGAGAAGAAAAAGAAGGAUGGAGACUCGAAGCGGGGAGUGGAGGCUGGAGGUGGGUCUUCUGGCGGCCACGAAGACUCUGACCUGGAGAGAAAGAGGAGGGAGGCGGAGGCGCUGCUACAGAGUGUCGGCAUCACCCCAGACAUGCCUCACGUCCCUGCCCCCAUGUCUCCUUCCAACAAAUCAGUGGGCAGCGAUGCAGGAAGCCAAGAUUCUGGGGAUGGAAACGCAGGACCCAGACGUGGAGCUGUGAGGCUGGGAAUGUCUAAAGUGACCCAGGUGGAGUUUGUCCCAAAAGAAAUGGUGUCAUACUCCAAAGAAACCCAAACACCCACCGAGGCACUGGCACACACCGAUCAAAAAGCAGAAGAGGAAGAGGAUGAGGAGAUAACUCCUCCUCCAACAGCAGAGGACAACCAGGAGGAGAAAGAGGAACAGGGUGAACAGCAGGAUGAGGACACUCCCAAAGAGCUGACUGAAGAAGAGAAGCUGCAGGUCUUGCACUCUGAGGAGUUUGUGUCAUUUUUCGAGCGAGGCAGCAGAAUUGUAGAGAGAGCUCUGGCUGAGCAGGUGGACGUCUGCUUCGACUACAGCGGGAGAGACCUUGAGGAUAAGGAGGGUGACUUGCAGGCAGGUGCUAAGCUGGUCCUAAACAGACAGUUUGCAGAGGAACGCUGGACUAAAAACAGAGUGGUCACAUGUCUCGACUGGUCCCCUCAGUAUCCAGAGCUGUUGGUGGCUUCGUAUAACAACAAUGAGGAUGCUCCACAUGAGCCUGAUGGAGUGGCACUGGUCUGGAACAUGAAGUAUAAGAAAGGCACACCUGAGUACAUCUUCCAUUGCCAGUCAGAGGUGAUGUCUGCCGGCUUUGCAAAGUUUCACCCCAACCUGGUGGUGGGUGGGACGUACUCUGGACAGAUUGUCCUAUGGGACAACAGGAGCAACAAGCGCACCCCUGUCCAAAGAACCCCCCUGUCUGCCGCUGCACACACACACCCAGUCUACUGUGUGAAUGUGGUGGGAACCCAGAACGCUAACAACCUGAUAAGCAUUUCCACUGAUGGUAAAAUGUGCUCCUGGAGCCUUGACAUGCUCUCCCAGCCACAGGACAGUCUGGAGCUGGUGUUCAAACAGAGCAAGCCGGUGGCUGUCACCUCCAUGGCCUUUCCUCUGGGUGACGUCAACAACUUUGUAGUGGGGAGCGAGGACGGUUCUGUCUACACUGCCUGCCGCCAUGGCAGUAAGGCGGGUAUCACUGAGGUGUUUGAGGGCCACCAUGGUCCGGUGACGGGCCUGAGCUGUCACAGUGCUGGAGGACCUGUUGAUUUCUCUCAUCUCUUCAUCUCCUCCUCUUUUGAUUGGACCGUCAAACUCUGGAGCACAAAGAGUACCCGUCCAUUGUACUCGUUUGAGGACAGUUGUGACUAUGUCUACGAUGCAAUGUGGUCUCCAACACACCCUGCCCUGUUUGCUUGUGUGGACCUAGCUGGACGCCUGGACCUGUGGAACCUCAACAAUGAUACUGAAGUUCCCACUGCCAGUGUGUAUGUGGAGGGGGCUCCAGCACUGAACCGUGUGAGAUGGGCUCACUCUGGUAAAGAGAUUGCCACUGGAGACUCAGAGGGACAGGUGCAGGUCUAUGAUGUAGGGGAGCAAAUCUGCGUGCCCAAGGCUGAUGAGUGGACGCGCUUCGUCAGGACUCUGGCUGAGAUCAAUGAGAACCGAGACGAGGCUGAGGAACUCGCCAACGCUUGAUGUUACAAACCCCACACUUACCAUGUCUCAUAAAUUCCUCAUUACACACUAUUAGCACACUACACAACACUGCCGGAGGAGCAGAGCUCUCCUCUCUCUGGCUUACAGCUUCCCUUUUUCCACCUAAUAGAACAUGAAUUGGCCUGAGGAGAUGUGCAGAGCUAGAAUAGAUAUAAUAGACAGUUUUAGACAGGUUCAGAGGUAUUUUUAAAUGUGUCUUUAGAGUUUUAGAGUGCAGUUGUAGGACAAUGAAUGUGACGUGUAGCAGUACUAGUAAAGACAGCACAACUGAGAAAGUACCAGGAGGUGAUGAUCAGCAUAGACGUGUCAAUACUAUCGAUAUUCUAGCUCUUUGAUAACAUCCUCAGGGCUUCAUAAACUGCUCUUCUCCUAAGGCCUCAAACAAACUCAGCCCUUUUUUUAAAUAUGCAAUCCUUUGUACUCACACAUUUUUAUUACCAUUUGAGUGUUUUUACAUGUUUUAAUAUUUUCUGGACACGCUUGUGCACAUGGCUGGCUAAGUGUUUGAGGAUUGUGGAUAAACAAAAUGCUAGCAUCUCACUAUCUGACCCUUUUCAUCCACAGUGGCACUUGACAACUAAAACAGCUAAACAGCUAAUUCACGCUGGCCUGUGCAGAAGUGUGUCAUUCUUACAUUUUAACCACUACAAUAUUUAAUAUUUAUUCUGGUGGUUGCACUUAUUUAAAUAUUUUGUGUAUUAUUGUUUAAGAAAAUGCUGCUUUGUACUGAAAACCUGAGUAAUACUGUCCUAAAAUUCGCACUACAAGCUUUUUACUCGGCAAAACCUGUUUUCUUGCCUUGAAUUUGUUGACAUCAGUACAAUUUAGAAGUGUUUUUUUCUCUGUACCAAAGGUUAUUGUUUCUCACUCUGUUCCUGUGUUGUGUGUAAUAGAAAACAAUUUCCUUACUUGCCCUAUGAGGAUGUAAAUGAACUUUCUAUAUGAAAGUGUAAAGCAGAGGUUGGAAGUUAAUCUUUACAACAGAAAAUUGAUUUCGAUCGUUUUUCUUUUCCAUUCAACUUUUCAUUCCAUCCACGCAGAUGCAGCAUUCCAGCCUCGACAGGCUUCAGAUUAAGCUUCAAAUUUUAUCUAUCAUGUUUAAGAUGAGCUAAAAAUGCACUGUAGCAACCAUAUUGGAUAUGACAUGACAAAGAUCAGUAUUCUGCAUAGACUAAUUAUACUGUAUGCUGCCCUGUUACUGUUGAUACAGAUGAUGGUUGCACUUUCCCAUUGGAAUAAAACCCAAGUCAUAUUGGUAAAA